UAACCUUGAACAUGACGUUUAAACCUCAAAUAUAACCACAAUUUAUAAUUGUUUUAUUUUUCUGUUCAAAUAUAUUUUUGAACCUUCAUAAUAGUUCAAAAAUAGUUGGCGUUCAAAACGUUCAAGUAGAAAUUAAAUAAGGAUCGACUCUGAUAUAAGUAUGAUAUUUAUCUGAAACAUGUCGAGAAUUAGGAUUUUGCCAACGAAUCCAGAGACGUCAAUUCGCCUCUAACGCUAGCAAUCCUUUCGAAAAAUGUAGAUUUCGUUCACGAAUCAUUCUUUUUAAAAUUUUGAAUAUGUUGAUACGGUGUGGAAGACCAAAAAAAUCUCACACUAGAAUUUUUUUCAUUUUGAUUCUUGUGGUAUGGUUUCUUUUAUACAUGAAAUUUUUCAAGAAGAAAAUUCUAACUGAAAAUGAUGAAAAAGUGGCACAUUUAGCAAGAAAAUACGAAUCUUUUCUAAGUGAAUACGAGUCCAAAAUGAUAGAAGGUUUGGGAGAUGAAGGGGAGCCGGCUUAUUUAGAAGGAGAUGACAAAAUUGAAGGAGAUGAGUCAUUGAAAACUUUUGCUUUGAAUACAGUUUUAAGUGAUCGAAUGCCUUUAGAUAGAAAACUAAGGGAUCCUAGGAGCCCCAGAUGCAAAGAGUUCUCUUAUGAUCCAAAGUUAAAAGCUUCCAUUAUCAUUAUAUUCUAUAAUGAACUUUUAUCUGUUGUGCUUCGUACUAUAUGGAGUGUUAUUUUACAAACACCCGAACAUUUACUUCAAGAAAUCAUCCUAGUUGAUGAUAGUAGUACAACAGAACCUUUAAAGGAUCUUCUGGACUAUUAUCUUUUAACAAGACUGAAAGGAAAAAAUGUGAAAGUGGUGCGACUUUCAAGUAGAAUGGGGCUGAUAAGAGCUCGUUUGCAAGGAGCUAGAGUAGCAACUGGGGAUGUUUUAGUAUUUCUUGAUUCUCAUUGUGAGGCCACAGUUAAUUGGUUAGAACCCCUCUUGUCAAGGAUCGAAGAAGAUAAAUCAGCUGUAUUGGUUCCAAUUAUUGAUGUAAUUGAGGCAAACACUUUUGCUUAUUCCACAAAUGGUGAAACCAACUUUCAAGUUGGGGGAUUCUCUUGGUCAGGUCAUUUUACAUGGAUAGAUAUUCAAAGUGAAGACGACAAAGAUACAUUACGACCAGUAAAAUCACCUACUAUGGCUGGUGGACUUUUUGCAAUCGAUCGUAACUUUUUCUGGGAUAUUGGGUCAUAUGAUGAGCAAAUGGAUGGUUGGGGUGGUGAAAACUUGGAAAUGUCUUUCAGGAUUUGGCAGUGCGGAGGAAAACUUGAAACAGUACCAUGCUCAAGAGUAGGUCAUGUUUUUAGAGACUUUCAUCCCUACUCUUUUCCAGACAACAAAGAUACACAUGGCAUAAAUACAGCUCGACUAGUAGAGGUUUGGAUGGACGAUUAUAAGCGAUUCUUUUACAUGUUUGAGCCUUCAUUAGAAAAUAAUCCUGUGAUAGGAGACUUAACUCAUCGUAAACAACUAAGACAGAAGUUGAGAUGUAAAAGUUUUAAGUGGUACUUGGAUAAUAUUUAUCCCGAGAAGUUUGUUUUGGAUGAGAAUGUUUUAGCUUAUGGUCAAGUCAAGAACCGAGAUGAAUACUGCUUGGACGAUUUGCAACUUGCAGAAGGAAAAGUUGGGCCCCUUGGAUUGUAUGUAUGUCAUCCAACAUUGGCAAUGUCACAGUAUUUCUCCUUAAGUUUAAAAGGGGAACUUCGUAAAGAGAAUUUUUGUGCAGAAGUACAUAAUGAACGAUCUGUACAGUUGACUGAAUGUCAUGGACAUAAGAGGGACCAGUACUGGGAAUUUUUUGCCAAUGGCACCAUUUAUCACCCGUCCACUAAAAAAUGUCUCUCUACCUUUGAAGUGGAACCAGGGAAAGGAGUUAUAGUGGAAAAAUGCAAAAGAUCCAAGUACCAGAAUUGGAAAUUUACAAAUUUAAACCAAACAGUCUCAAUAAAAAAUAAAAAAAUAUUGGAAGAACCCAAUUUUUUGGAUUAUUGACUUUUUAGGAAUUACCUCUGUCUUUUCUUUCAGUGUGCAAAGUAUUUAUGAGUUUGUAAUUAUUCAAUUCCAGAAGAUUGAUUUUUUUUCUAUGAUUCAUUGAACUACUUAUAAAUAGGUUGUAUUUCACAGUAAUUGGCAUAUUUGGAUUGGGUUUGAUUUGGAUUUGUUACUUGACUGUACAUACAUAGCAAACAUUAUAAUUUUCCCAAUGUCUGAUUGGGAAACAAACCUUUCUUGAAAUAUUCGAAGCAUCACUGGGUAAGUUUAAAAGGAAUCAAAAUAUCGGCAUUUCUAUUGCACAAUGAAUUUAAGGUCUUUUUUAUAUAUUUUGUAUGUAUAUACUUUCACUUUUUUUUUUUUGGAACUAUUGUUCACUUCGUAUGACCUUAAGGUUCACUUUCCUUACUCUUUCCUUCAGAAACUUCACAGUAACCAAAGAAAAAUGGCGAGGUAAUAAAGCAUCAAUUUUUUUUUAUUCACUGUGAUAAGAACAAACUUUGAACUGAUAUCAAGAUUCUUGCUCACUAUAUAGGACCCUUUUUGUGAUUCAAAACAAAAAUACUUAUUCCUUUAAGAGAAUUCUAUAGUCAAGAAUACAAGGCAUCUAUCUUACUCUUAAGGAAAUAAAUAUAUUAAUGUAUAUGUAGAAACAACUAUGAAAUGAAUAUAUUUUUAACUCUAAAUGUGAAGUGACAACUGUUGACUAUUUUUCUGAUAUCUUCGAUAAAAUCCAAAACUAACUGUUAACAAGAUGUACGUAUAAAUAUAUAUUUUAUAUUAAUUUAUGUGAAAUAAUAUAUGUAACUUUAAAUCUUUCAAAUUGGUGUGUCCCUCCAUUUUAUCAUUUUUCUAUAUUGUUAUACAAGAUGUGUUUGAAUAAAUUAAAAAUCUAUUUUCAUAA